CCGACCGCGGGCAACCAGCCCCUCCCAGCCGAGGGAGCCGACACCAAGACCUACUUGUGGGCCAGGUACCACGAGAUGAAAAAGCUGGUCUACGAUCUCCUUCCACCUGGAGUCUGCAAUCUCCUCAACCCUGCCGCUAUCUAUGCCAACAACGAGAUCAGCCUGGGAGAUGUUGAGAUAUAUGGCUUUGACUACGAUUACACGUUAGCACAGUAUUCUAAUUUACUACAUUCUAUGAUUUUCAACACUGCCAGAGACAUCCUAAUAGAGCAAUUCAAGUAUCCAGAAGGACUUGGGAAGUAUGACUACAUUCCAGGGUUUGCCAUACGUGGACUUCACUAUGAUGUACAAAAGAGUCUUCUCAUGAAGAUCGAUGCUUUCCAUUAUGUCCAGCUGGGGACGGCAUACAGAGGGCUCAAACCAGUGCCUGAUGAAGAGGUAAUCGAACUCUAUGGGGGCACACAGCACAUCCCCUUGUACCAGAUGAGUGACUUCUAUGGCAAGGGUCCAUCACUUAAGCAGUUUAUGGACAUUUUUUCUCUUCCUGAGAUGACACUGCUCUCUUCAGUCAUUGAUUACUUCAUAACUCAUGGCAUUGAGUUUGACCAGGUCCACCUUUACAAGGAUAUAUCUGAUGCUAUUAGAGAUGUACAUGUGAAAGGAGUGAUGUACAAAUGGAUUGAAAAAGAUCUGGAACAGUAUAUUCUGCAUGGGGAUGAAAUCUAUGCUGUGCUAAACCGACUGGUGAACCACAAGAAGAAACUCUUCCUCAUUACAAACAGCCCCUUUAGCUUUGUGGACAAAGGAAUGAAACACAUGGUUGGCAAGAACUGGCGGGACUUAUUCGACAUGGUCAUUGUGCAAGCCGACAAGCCCAACUUCUUCACUGAUCGGCGGAAACCUUUUCGAAAACUGGAUGAUAAAGGCUCACUGCAGUGGGACAAAAUAAACCAGCUGGAGAAAGGAAAAAUCUACAAAGAGGGUAACCUCUUUGAUUUUCUGAGGCUGACAGGCUGGCGUGGAUCAAAAGUGCUCUACUUUGGUGACCAUCUUUACAGUGACCUUGCGGACCUUAUGCUGCGUCAUGGCUGGAGGACUGGAGCCAUCGUUCCUGAACUGGAGACGGAGAUUCGGAUCAUAAACACAGAGCAGUACAUGCACUCCCUGACCUGGCAGCAGGCUCUGACAGGGCUGCUGGAGAGAAUGCAGAUGUAUCAGGAUGCAGAGUCGAAGCAAGUAUUGCUGGAGUGGAUGAAGGAACGUCAGGAGAUCAGGUCACUGACAAAGAACUUGUUCAACCCUCAGUUUGGAAGCAUCUUCCGUACCUUCCACAACCCCACGUACUUCUCUCGGCGGCUGGUUCGGUUCUCCGAUAUCUACAUGGCUUCCAUCAGCUGCCCGGUGAACUAUGAUGUGAAUUUCACCUUUUACCCCCGGCGCACCCCUCUGCAGCACGAGGCUCCGCUCUGGAUGGAUCAGCUCUGCACGGGCUGCAUGAAAACCCCCUUCCUGGAGGAGAUGGUGCAUAUCCGGUGAAGGGCCAGGUACUCUGGGCAACGGCACAGCGUGAACCUGUACGUGGGGCCGGGCUGCUCGGGCAGCAGCACCUCUGUCUACCACUAAAGGGCGUUUGACACUU